GUGGCCAAUUUCUGGCAAGGUGAACGCGGAAGUACGGUACGUGAGGGAUUUUCACCCGCUCUGACUGCGGCCGGUUGUCGGGUGCGAGAUGGAGGCGGGCGCGGCGCCUGAAGAUGGUCAGAACGGCCCCCGGGAGCGGCUAGCCUUGGGUGAAGCUGGGAGGCAGCAGCAGAAUCACGAAGUGCGGUCUCAAUCGAGGGCAGACCGGUUUCCAAAACAUUCCUACUGGUUGGAUCUCUGGCUCUUCAUCCUCUUCGACCUGGUGUUGUUUAUCUUCGUGUAUCUUUUACCCUGAAUGGUUUGCCUGUGUCUACACUAAGAAGUUGGGUGCCUGGAGUGGAUUCUGAAAAGGACUACAAACUUCUUGGAGAAGAAAGGAUUGUGCAACAGAACUUCAAACUCUGAGGGACUUUCAUUUUACAUACUCUGUUAUUCAUUUUGGGGACUACAUUAAAUGGGUAAUGGUCUCACCCAUUCACAUAGCUAAGUUCUUAAAACUAGACUCUGAUUGAUGUUUAAAAACUUUUCAAACAUCUAAUGGCUUUAAGGGGCUGAAUAUUAAAAUAUUUAUAUGUAAGGGUUUAGUGUAUUCAUUAAGAAAUACAGUAAAUGUCUAGCCUGUAACAUCUUAAAGGUUAGCUAGAGUUAAGUAUGAUGCAAAAAUAUGGUGAAAUAUUAAGGUGAAGUAUAUAAAAAGAAAUCAGUCAAAAGCAAGGGAAGGGUUUUGAGAGAGUUAAGAGCUAUCCAGAAAAUGCAGACCCACAAUGUAUUGGCUGUAAGUAACAGUUUAAUUUUUAGAUUAAAUGGUCUUCUGUUACGGUUGCCAGGUUGAUACAAUCUCAGAGAAAGUAUAUAAUAUCCAACAUUGGAAAUCUAGAGUGCAUGUCUUCUCACCUGGAUGCUUCUUGCCACUCCCUUUUAGGCUUUUGAACUUCCCUAAAAUAAAUCCGUGUCUCAAGCCUAUUUUUUAUUGUUGUGGUUGCAUUAAGAAUGCUUGUGGCCAGAACAUGUUUUUUAAAAAUAUUUGUACCUUAAAUACUUUCUCAAAGUGAGCUCAUUUACUCUUUUCAGUAAAUAUUUGAGCAUUUACUCUGGGCCAGGUAACAGUGGUGAGCAAAACAGACAAAAAAAUCCCUGCCUUCUUAGAGCUUACAUUCUUAUCUAAAUGUUAACAAGAAUUUACAUUCUAGAAAGAUGAGCUAGUAUUUAAUCAGAAAGGUCACACUCCCAAAACAGCUACUAAAAGCCCUUCAGAAGCCAUUCCUAUUAUCUAACAGAUAUUCCUUUAUGUAACAUAUGGUAGAAAUGGGCUCUUGUUGAAAUUGGUGACAUUUGAUACGUAUGAAUUGCCUCAAUAUUUUGAGGAUAUUCCCUUUCCUUAGAAACAGGGCAUAGAUCUAGUAAACUACAUCCUCUCCCUUUUACAAUGGCAGUUAAAAUGCAAUCUGGAACUCAUUUUGGAUGAUUUUAGUUGCCUAUUGUCAACUAUGCCGUUAAUAAUUACGCCUUCGGGAUAUUGUUGCAUCUGCCUGGAGAGAACCUUUUAUGCAAAGGUUGAAGCAUCUAAAGAAACAAAGAACUGGGAUUUCAUGGAGUAUACCAAAUAUGAAUGAUUUUUCUGCUGCUUGCUAAGAAUUUUGUCCAAUAAAUGUUUAUUAUAUAAUUAAA